CCGCGGCUGCGAGUUCAUCAUCUUCGACAAUAGCGACCCUUGUCCUACGCGUGUUGCCCUGCCAAUUCUUCGACAAAGUCGUGGCAUGAACCAUAAGUUUUGAUCAAUUCAUUCUUCAAUUGUGAAUCAGGAGCUUUUUGUCAAUCCACUGAACAGGGGGCGUUGAUGUGACUUAGGUCUUUCUUCUUAUAUGCAAUACUAGAAAUGAAAAGCUGAUAAGGGGAGUGAUAAUACUAUUACUUUAAAUACAACUAGUUAUGUGCCUGCCCGAUGGGCGGUAUGUUUUAUUUUUUGUUAUUUUUACAAAAAGUGGUAGAUUACUAUUUCUCUUUGCAUAUAUUUGUUUAAUAUUAUUUAUUAUUCGAGCUUUGUUGAUACAGCGAGGAUUACUGGGCAGAUUGAUGAAGCCGCUCGGUUGGAGGAAGCAGCUCGGUUGGAGGCCUGAGGAGUGCAGAGUUGACGAAGAUUGGUUGUUGCAAUUAUUUUUAUUAUUAGUUUGUUUUCAAUUACUUUUAGUAUUUUCUUUAAGUCCUAAACACAAUCGGAUAGGGUAGUCCUAAACACAAUCAGAUAGAGUAGUUGAGUUUGUCUAUUUAAGGCUUUGAUUGUUGUAGGAAGAGGGCAACUAUUAUUCGAAAUCAAAACUAAACCUAAGGGUUUGCUGUUCGGCUGUUCCCAGUGGAUUCUGGAUUUUCUUUCCAAGCUUGUAGCUGGCAAGCUUAUACGUUCUUUAGAAUUCAAGCGUUGAUUGAAUUCGUGUGGUUUCUGACUGCGUCAGGUGGUAUCAGAGCAGGCUUUCUCCUGUCUCUUUUCUAAGCUUGCACAGCCAUGGGAGAUCAACCGGGCACACGCGCGGACAUCGAGGCUAUCACCACAGCUUUUACCACGGUGAUCACAACCUUGACAACGCAAGUGACGAAUUUGGCGGCACAGGUGAACAACAAUCAGAACAGGAGGGAGAGAGGCAGGAGAGUCGAGCGUGAAGAACAUCCCGGGGGGCGCGCGGUGCUCAACCCGAUUCCGAUUCUGGUUCAGAUGAAGAGGUCCAGGAUGGGGACCAGGAUCAUGAUGAUGAUGACCGACAAAACCGCAAUGACUAUCGAGUGAAGGACAAUAUUCCAUUGUUCUACGAAACCAUGGGAGUCGAGGAAUUCCUAGACUGGCAGAUCGACGUCGAUCGUUUUUUUUUUUUUGACGUCAUGGAGGUACCUGAAAGUAAGCAAAUUAAGAUGAUGACUGUCAGGUUGAAGAGCACUGCAUCUGUGUGGUGGGAUAAACUGGUCGUUCAACGACGACGCCAACGAAAGGCUCCCAUCCGAUCAUGGAUGCGGAUGAAACAGCUGAUGGAGCGUUUACUUCCGGAGGAUUAUGAGCAGAUUCUAUACAAGAUGUACCUUGAUUGCGUGCAAGGAAGAAGAAGUGUAACUAAAUACACCACUGAAUUCUUGCGUUUUGCUGAACGCAAUGAGUUAGGAGUGACGGAAGGAUAAAAGGUUGCUCGAUAUAUCAAUGGGUUGAAGGGCUCGAUCCAGGAGAAGAGGGGGUUACAGACUGUUUGGACCGUAUAUGAAGCUUCCACGUUGGCACUGAAAGCUGAACUAAUGGAGAAGACUCCUAAAUCCUUCCCACCUUUUCGCCGUUUCCCACCAGCGGGAAUCACUGAGAUCGCACCUGAUAGAGAAAAGGUUGUCGGUUCUCAAGAUCCCCACCCAGCUACGAAGGUAAACAAUGGAGCUGGAAGUUCCAACGUGAAUAAAGGGACACCCGUACGCUAAGCCAGCGGGAGAUAAGGGUUACCGUUGUGGAGGACAAGGACACCCCUCUAAGUGUGCCCGACCCGAAAGACGGCAGCUAUCGUGACGGAUGAAUUGGAAGAGGGGAUAAAGGAGGUGAGUACAAAGGUGUGGAGUUUGCAGAAGGGGAUGAACGAGACUUGGGUAUCGUUGUGGGAGUUGGGAGAGUGGUUGAGUCGGUAUCUAACAUGUAUUGAGAAGACGGCUGGUUCCACGUAGGGAUGUCAAUGGGGCGGGUUUGGCUAACCAUCCCCAUCCCCGCUUUCAAAUAUCUAAACCCAUACCCACCCCAUAUUCAUGCGGGAGAAGGUUUUGUAAACCAUCUUCAUACCUGUGGGUUUCAGGUACCCAUGGAUAAUACAUUCCCCAUACAUGCAACAUUAUAAUACCUAGAAUUUACUUUAAAAUUUUCAAUUAUAAUAUUAAACACACCUACUAUAUCAUGAAGUCGACAAAGUGACAAUCAUCUAAUAUGGUUCAAGGCAUCUUAUCCUGAAACAUCAAUUUAUCAAUAAGAUAGAGCACAAUGUAAUACAAAUCAUUAUUCUCUAUCUCUAAUACUUCUACUAAGAAAUACGUCUAACUAACAUAAUACAAUCUUGUUAAUACGAGGGAAAAAGUGAAGGGAGAGUUGAAGCAAAUGAAUUAGGUUUUGAUUUAGAUGGCCACUCAAUUGCAAUUCUACUAAUUAUUUUGUUGAGUUACCUUCACUAUAAUUGAUAGAUUACUAUUUGAUCCAUGUAUUCUUAAUAUGUGAACAAAUAAUAUUGCUAGGGCGGGUAUGGGUAUGUCAAUGGGAUGGGGGAGGCUAAAACCAUACCCCUAUACCCAUCAAAUAUUUUGCGAGUUUUACCCAUACCCAGUUAAAGCGGGGAUUCCCCGCUUUGACUGGGUUGGGGGCGGUCAGGUACCCACGGUCAUGUGUUUGAUUGUCAUCCCCAGUUCCACGGUUUGGUACGGUAAACCGUGGUGUAGACCAUACUAGACCAAGAGAUUAAAACAUCAUAUAAUACAGAGCAUAGACCAGA